AUGGGUGGUGAGUCGGGCGCGGGAAAAACCGAAAGCACCAAGUUGAUCCUUCAGUUCCUCGCGGCCAUCAGUGGUCAGCAUUCCUGGAUCGAACAGCAGGUCCUGGAAGCCAACCCCAUCUUGGAAGCUUUUGGCAACGCCAAGACCAUUCGCAACGACAACUCAAGCCGGUUUGGCAAAUACAUUGACAUCCAUUUCAACAAGCGAGGGGCGAUCGAGGGAGCUAAAAUUGAGCAGUACCUCUUGGAGAAAUCCCGCGUCUGUCGACAGGCUCGAGAUGAGAGAAACUACCACAUAUUUUACUGCAUGCUGAAAGGAAUGAGCUUGGAGCAGAAAAAAGUGCUGGGACUUAGGAAAGCAAUGGAUUAUAACUAUCUUUCCAUGGGCAACUGCAUUACUUGUGACGGUAGAGACGAUAGCAAAGAAUACUCCAACAUCCGGGCAGCCAUGAAAGUCCUGAUGUUCACCGACACGGAGAACUGGGAAAUCUGCAAACUUUUGGCCUCUAUCCUGCAUAUGGGAAACCUGCGAUACGAAGCCCGCAACUACGACAAUCUCGAUGCUUGUGAGGUUGUCCAUUCUGCGUCCUUGAUAACGGCUGCGUUGUUGCUGGAGGGCAUUUACGGCAGGCUUUUUGUGUGGAUUGUGGAAAAGAUCAACGCGGCCAUUUACAGACCUCCUUCCCACGAGAGCAAAAACGUCCGGAAAUCCAUCGGAUUACUGGAUAUCUUCGGAUUUGAGAACUUCACAGUAAACAGUUUUGAGCAGCUCUGCAUUAAUUUCGCCAACGAGAACCUGCAACAGUUCUUCGUCCGUCACGUUUUCAAACUGGAGCAGGAAGAAUACAACCUCGAAAACAUCAACUGGCAGCACAUAGAAUUCACGGACAAUCAGGACGCUCUGGAUAUGAUCGCCAUCAAACCCAUGAAUUUAAUCUCUCUCAUCGACGAGGAGAGCAAAUUCCCCAAGGGAACAGAUGCCACCAUGCUCCACAAGCUGAAUUCUCAGCACAAACUGAACAUCAAUUACAUCCCACCGAAAAACAACCACGACACUCACUUUGGCAUCAACCAUUUUGCCGGCGUUGUCUACUAUGAAACAAAAGGCUUUCUGGAGAAAAACCGAGAUACUCUUCAUGGAGAUAUUAUCCAGUUGGUCCAUUCUUCAAGGAACAAAUUCAUCAAACAGAUUUUCCAGGCUGAUGUAGCCAUGGGGGCAGAGACCAGGAAACGGUCCCCGACGCUGAGCAGCCAGUUCAAGCGCUCGCUGGAGCUGCUGAUGCGCACGCUGGGGGUCUGCCAGCCCUUCUUCGUCCGGUGCAUCAAGCCCAACGAGUACAAGAGGCCCAUGUUAUUUGACCGGGAACUCUGCGUCCGUCAGCUGAGAUAUUCCGGGAUGAUGGAAACCAUCCGAAUCCGCAGGGCUGGCUAUCCAAUCCGGUACACCUUUGUGGAAUUUGUCGACAGAUAUCGAGUCCUCAUGCCGGGCGUGAAACCCGCCUACAAGCAGGGAGAUCUGCAUGGAACAUGCCAGCGCAUCGCUGAAGCCGUGCUGGGCAAAGACGACGAUUGGCAGAUUGGCAAGACAAAAAUCUUCCUAAAGGAUCACCACGAUAUGCUGUUAGAAAUAGAACGGGACAAAGCCAUUACCGAUAAAGUAAUCCUUAUUCAGAAAGUAGUUCGCGGAUUUAAAGACAGACGUUACCUUCCCAGUAUGAGAAUCGGCUUCCUGAGGCUCCAAGCUCUCUACCGUUCCCGCAAACUCCACCGGCAGUACCACAUGGCUCGCCAGCGCACCAUCGAAUUCCAGGCCCGGUGUCGGGGCUUCCUGGUGCGCCGCGCUUUCCGCCAUCGCCUUUGGGCGGUCUUCACCAUCCAGGCCUACGGACGAGGGAUGAUUGCCCGGCGACUCUAUAAACGGCUGAAGGGGGAGUAUUACCGACGGCUGGAAGCAGAAAAACUACGUCUGCUGGAAGAGGAACGGUUGAGGAAGGAAAUGAGCGCGAAGAAAGCCAAAGAGGAAGCAGAAAAGAAACAUCAAGUGCGCCUAGCCCAGCUGGCUCGAGAAGACGCGGAACGAGAGAUCAAAGAGAAAGAGGAAGCUCGUCGGAAGAAGGAACUCCUUCAGAAGAUGGAGAAGGCUCGGAACGAACCCGUGAACGAUUCGGACAUGGUGGACAAAAUGUUUGGGUUCCUGGGAAUGACGGCGUCGUUUCCCGGUCAGGAAGGACAGGCGCCCGAUGGCUUUGAGGAUCUCGAAAGGGUCGGAAGGGUGCUGGAAGAAGACGACUUAGAUAUGGCUCUCCCACUGCCCGAGGAAGAAGAAGAGGACUUAUCGGAAUAUAAGUUUGCAAAAUUUGCUGCCACGUACUUCCAGGGCACAACCACGCACACGUAUGUACGCCGGCCUCUGAAACAACCUCUGUUGUACCACGAGGACGAAGGGGACCAGCUGGCAGCCCUCGCGGUGUGGAUCACCAUUCUUCGCUUUAUGGGGGACCUUCCUGAGCCCAAAUACCAUACCGCGAUGAGCGACGGCAGCGAGAAAAUCCCGGUCAUGACCAAAAUUUACGAGACGCUGGGGAAGAAGUCCUACAAGAAGGAACUCCAGGCCCUUCAAAGUGACGGAGAAAGCGCUCAUCUAGAUGGCCAUAAGAAGAGCAGUGUGCGGCAGAAAUUGGUCUCUUUAACCCUCAAGAAAAAAUCAAAGUUAACCGAAGAGGUGACCAAGCGCCUUCACGAUGGUGAGUCCACCGUCCAUGGAAACAGCAUGUUGGAGGACCGCCCAACAUCCAAUUUGGAGAAACUGCAUUUCAUUAUUGGGAACGGCAUCCUGAGGCCAACUUUAAGAGAUGAAAUCUACUGCCAAAUCUGCAAACAGCUGACCCAAAAUCCUUCCAAAAACAGCCAUGCCAGAGGAUGGAUCCUGGUGUCCUUGUGUGUGGGCUGCUUCGCCCCCUCUGAGAAAUUUGUCAAGUAUUUAAGGAACUUCAUCAUCGGGGGUCCGCCGGGGUAUGGCCCUUAUUGUGAAGAGAGGCUCAGAAGGACGUUUGUCAAUGGGACCAGGACGCAGCCCCCAAGCUGGCUGGAGCUACAGGCGACCAAAUCCAAGAAGCCUAUCAUGCUUCCGGUCACAUUUAUGGACGGUACCACUAAGACCUUGUUAACAGACUCGGCCACUACGGCCAAGGAGCUUUGCACCUCGUUGGCCGACAAGAUAAGCCUGAAGGACCAUUUUGGCUUCUCCCUUUACAUUGCACUCUUCGACAAGGUCUCUUCCCUUGGAAGCGGCAGCGACCACGUCAUGGACGCCAUCUCCCAGUGCGAGCAGUUUGCCAAGGAGCAGGGUGCCCAGGAACGCAAUGCCCCUUGGCGACUCUUCUUCAGAAAGGAAAUCUUCACCCCCUGGCACAAUCCCACCGACGACUACGUAGCCACCAACCUCAUUUACCAGCAGAUCGUCCGAGGGGUGAAGUUUGGGGAGUACCGAUGUGAUAAGGAGGAAGACAUGGCCGAAUUAGCUUCCCAGCAAUACUACGUGGAUUAUGGAUCCGAAAUGGUCUUGGAGCGUCUUUUGAGUCUGAUCCCAUCCUACAUUCCCGACCGAGAGAUCACGCCUUCCAAAACGGUCGAGAAGUGGGCUCAGUUUAUCAUCGCGGCCCAUAAAAAGGGAAUUUAUACUCAGAAGAGGAUGGAUCCUAAGAGAGUUAAGGAGGAAGUGGUGGACUUCGCUCGCUUUAAGUGGCCUUUGCUCUUCUCUAGGUUCUACGAAGCAUUUAAGUUUUCAGGUCCCAGCCUUCCACAAAACGAACUGAUUGUAGCUGUGAACUGGACCGGGGUGUAUUUUGUCGAUGAACAAGAACAAGUCCUUCUGGAAUUUUCCUUCCCAGAGAUAACCGCUGUCUCCAGCAAUAGUGGAGGGAAACUCCAAGGACAGAGCUUCACACUGGCGACCAUCAAAGGCGACGAGUACACCUUCACGUCCAACAACGCAGAGGACAUCCGGGCCCUGGUGGUCACCUUCCUGGAAGGGCUGAGGAAAAGGUCGAAAUACGUGGUCACGCUGCAAGACAACCCAAAUCCCGCUGGCGACGACUCCGGUUUUCUCAGCUUCCUCAAAGGAGAUUUGCUAAUCCUGGACCAAGACACGGGGGAAAACGUAAUGAAUUCCGGCUGGGCCAACGGAGUCAAUGAACGGACCAAGCAAAAGGGAGAUUUUCCAACCGAUUCGGUCUACGUCCUGCCCACAAUGACCAUGCCUCCUCCGGACAUCGUGGCUUUGGUAACCAUGACUCCAAAUCAGCGGCAAGAAGUCAUAAGGACGUCCCAGCUGGUGCUGAGCGACAGCGAAGAAAGGAUCAAGCCGUACACGCUGGAAGAAUUCUCCUACGAUUAUUUUAGGCCUCCUCCCAAACACACCCUGAGCAGGGUGAUGAUCACCAAAAACCGAGGGAAAGACAAGUUGUGGUCCUACACCAGGGAGCCUAUCAAACAGCCCCUGCUGAAGAAGGUCCUAAGCAGUGAGGAGCUAUCUCAAGAAGCUUGCAUGGCUUUUAUCGCCAUCCUGAAGUACAUGGGCGAUUACCCCUCCAAAAGGACCCGCUCAGUGAAUGAGCUAACAGAUCAAAUCUUUGAAGGGGCCUUGAAGGCUGAAGCUCUCCGAGACGAGAUUUACUCGCAGGUCCUGAAGCAGCUGACCGACAACCACGUGAAGUACAGCGAAGAAAAAGGCUGGGAACUGCUCUGGCUGUGCACGGGACUCUUUGCGCCUAGUAACGUCCUGCUCCUUCAUGUCCAGAGGUUCGUCCAGUCGCGGAAGCAUCACCCGCUGGCCAACGACUGCCUGCAGAGGCUGCAGAAGGCUCUGAGGAAUGGGUCCCGAAGAUACCCUCCCCAUCUGGUGGAAGUGGAGGCCAUCCAGCAUAAAACGACGCAGAUUUUCCACAAAGUCUAUUUCCCGGAUGACACUGAUGAGGCAUUUGAAGUGGAAUCAGGCACCAAAGCCAAAGAUUUCUGUCAAAGCAUUUCCAAACGUCUGCUUUUAAAAUCAUCGGAAGGAUUCAGCCUUUUUAUUAAGAUUUCGGACAAGGUCAUCAGUGUCCCGGAAGGAGAUUUCUUCUUUGACUUCGUCAGGCAUCUGACCGACUGGAUCAAGAAAGCGAGACCAGCAAAAGACGGGCUUGUACCUUCUCUCACCUAUCAAGUCUUUUUCAUGAAGAAGCUGUGGACGAACACCAUGCCGGGGAAGGAUUCCAUGGCGGACUCCAUUUUCCAUUAUUAUCAGGAGUUACCAAAAUAUCUUCGGGGCUACCACAAAUGCACCCAGGAAGAAGUCCUACAGCUUGGAGCUCUGAUCUACAGGGUGAAAUUCGAAGACGACAAAUCCUGUUUUCCUAACAUUCCAAAACUUCUCAAGGAUUUGGUGCCCGAGCCGCUUAUUCGACAGCUGUCACCGGACGACUGGAAAAGAUCUAUCGUGGCCUAUUUCAAUAAACACGCAGGCAAAACGAGGGAAGAAGCGAAGUUGGCUUUCCUCAAGAUUAUAUUCCGCUGGCCCACGUUUGGAUCGGCUUUCUUCGAAGUGAAGAGGUUGGUGGUCUUCUUGGAGAUGUUUCAUCCCUGGUUUCACAUGGGAAACUGUGAGCCUCCUAGACCAAGUCCAGAAUUGCUAGAGAAUUCCUGGAAAGUUUGGCACUUGGACAAAUCGGCCAUCAACAGGCACAUAGAGAUCAAUAACAUUUACAUGCCAUUUAAAAGAGACACAAGAAACAAAUGA